AUGGUCGUGCAGUGCGGGGACGCCGGGGAGGGGGAUGGGUUCGACGGGAGAGAGGUGGUCGACGGCGCUGCUGACUACUGUGCCUAUGUUGAGGACUUAAGGGAGGGGAGCCUGGGUCACUGGGUGAAUCAUGAAAGCGUGAAAGGGAGAAAGGCUAAUGGUCACAGUAAAGUUGCAGGCAAAGAAAAAGAAACUAACAGUGGGUCUAGCAAUCUCAAGGAUGUGGUCUCCGCGGAUUUGCUUCAGUCAAGGGACCAGAAGGUGACUAACCCCGAGGAGACCAAGGCCAGGUUCGAGGACGGGUUCAAGUCUGGGAAGAAAACGAGGUCCUUAAGAGUCAAUUGCAAAUUAGAUGUAGUUGUUGAUGGGUUUCUUGGAAUAAGAGAAAUGGGGAAGUACCCAAAUAAUUAA